CAGAGAAAACGGCGCGCGUCUCUCCUGGCGCGCCAGUCUACCCGUGGCUGCCGACUGUGUUGGUAGUGACUGACACGCUCACCUGCUGGUGACUCUCGCUCCACCAGGCGCUAUAGUGACCACCCUCACCAGUCUCACCAACACCACGCCGGUAACACUCAUCACGCCACCGAUAAACAACAGUAUUUCGAGCGGUCUCCAAGCAAAACCGCCACCAUGCAUAACCUAGACGCAACGGGCACCACGAUAGUCAUCACCAUCCUCCUAGAGGGCACGUAACACUAUCACCUGCUCACUAUCACCAUGCCCAGUAGCAUCUUCAUCACUACAUAGUUUGCGUCUCUUCAAUUUUUCUGCUGCAUCCGCGCACCCAACCACCCCACGCAAGCAGAGACAAGACCACCAGGACCCGUCCUGGAAACCUCUCAUCUUCGUUUCGUCCGCUCCCAACAUCAUCACAUUCCAAGUCAGUUUCAUCUAGAUCCUCAUCCCGCUUAUACUUGACGCAGACCUUUAUCCCCCCCUUAUACUUGACGCUUAAGCAAGGCCCAUUUUACCUCUCAGAACUCACUCAAAGUUGAGCCAGAAUAACAGCUGAGACACGACCCCAAGACACACGUGGGGGGAAAGAAGAAGGUGACCUAUCUUGUCUUACCGCUGGAGGCAGCUGCUAGCGACGCAUCUGAAGUUGGCUGAUCACUCGGGCGUGAGUCCUUCAGUCGCCCUUCACAAUGUGCGGGGAAGUAGACGUGUGGAGGAUCAAGACGGUGGUGGUGGGCGUGCUGGUCGUCGCCGCGGCGUCAACAGGCGCCGACUGGAGGGAGGACUUUAGCAACAAGGUGAGCAUCGGGGUCCGUGAUGCAGGGUACUCACGCGCUGUCCUCGACUGUGGCGACGACCACAUGGCCUUCGUCAUCACCCUGGAGAAGGAGUUCAAAGGCGUGGUGUACACCAGGGGCAGCUUCCACACCCGCCGCGGGCCAUGCUUCCUAGACGCUACCGGAGGCAUGGAGUUCGCUAUCAAGUUCGACUACAAGGACUGCUCGACGAAAUAUGACGACGACCUUGGCGCCCACGUCAACACGGUGGUGGUGCAGCACGACGAUGACCUCAUCUUCCCCGGCGACCUGGCCUUUGACCUCAGAUGUCACGACCGCAUCACCGUCAACGCCACCGUCACAGGGAUCAAGUCAAGGAUCUCUCUAGUGGACCCCGACCCGAGCUCCAAGUCCAAGGCCUCCAAGGACGAGGUGGUGGCCACCUCGGCCUCGACCGUGGUCACUCUCACUCCGGCACGUCUCACGCCCCCUAAGGAGGAGCUUUAGUAGCGUGCCACCCAUCACCGCCCCUCCUCCAGGGAGCUAUGAACCAACGGCUUUACUCUCAUCCCUUCUUCAGGAGACUUUUCUUCUGUUGUUGCCUUGGGUUUUGAUGUACCCGCCGGACGCCGGGGUCAGAAACUGCCUCUCUAUCUAGUGUACAAGGUCAGAGGUCACUGCGAGACGAAGUAUACAAUAACCAGGAGCCACACCAAAAUACAAUAUACGAGGCCAUGUCAUAUAACUAUUCAUAGGUGAAAUUAAAUACUAUAUACAAUGUAUAUAGUACAAAGGUCACCUUAAAUUACAGUAUACAAAGUCAAAGGUGUCCUCAACCUACAAUAUGCACUGUCGAAACUAUCCCCAAACCACAGUAUAAGGUAAUAUACACAUUACUGUAUAUAAGGGAAAAGGUCAUCUCACACUACACUAUACUAAGACAAUGGCCAGUUUCCUCACCCGACGCCUCGAUUACCUCAAACUCAAGACAAUCAAAUCUCCUUAUAGGAUGUAGUCUAGGGCAUUGACCACCAGCUGGGAUAUUAGCCACCAGCUGGGACAUAGACCACCUGCUGGGACAUGGACCUUCAGCUGGGACAUAGACCUUCAGCUGGGACAUUAGCCACCUGCUGGGACAUUGACCACCAGCUGGACAUAGACUGCCAGCUGGGACAUUAGCCACCUGCUGGGACAUAGACCUUCAGCUGAGACAUAGACCACCAGCUGAGACAUAGACCACCAGCUGAGACAUAGACCUUCAGCUGGGACAUAGACCACCAGCUGAGACAUAGACCUUCAGCUGGGACAUAGACCACUAGCUGAGACAUACACCACCAGCUGAGACAUAGACCUUCAGCUGAGACAUAGACCACCAGCUGAGACAUAGACCUUCAGCUGGGACAUAGACCACCAGCUGAGACAUAGGCCUUCAGCUGGGACAUAGACCACCAGCUGAGACAUAGACCUUCAGCUGGGACAUAGACCACCAGCUGAGACAUAGACCUUCAGCUGAGACAUAGACCACCAGCUGAGACAUAGACCUUCAGCUGGGACAUAGACCACCAGCUGAGACAUAGGCCUUCAGCUGGGACAUAGACCACCAGCUGAGACAUAGACCUUCAGCUGAGACAUAGACCACCAGCUGAGACAUAGACCUUCAGCUGAGACAUACACCACCAGCUGAGACAUAGACCUUCAGCUGAGACAUAGACCUUCAGCUGAGACAUAGACCUUCAGCUGAGACAUAGACCUUCAGCUGAGACAUAGACCUUCAGCUGAGACAUAGACCUUCAGCUGGGACAUAGACCUUCAGCUGAGACAUAGACCACCAGCUGAUCACCCUAUUCAGGGACUUUGAAUUUUGUAGAAUGCAUUUGAUAUAUAUAAUUUUUUUUAGUGUAAAUCAAGUGUAGCAAACAAAUGUCUAUAAACUACACUGCUAUUUUUAUAACUGGAAAUCGGUUUGGAUACAAAGACAUAAUUUAAUGUUUGAAGUAGUGUGUUGCCUCAUGACGGUAAGGAUAGUGUUUCCUCAUGAUGGCGGGGAUAGUGUUGCCUGGUGUUGGCAUGAAGUGUAGCCUCAUGAUGGCGGGGAUAGUGUUGCCUGGUGUUGGCAUGAAGUAUAGCCUCAUGAUGGCGGGGGAUAGUGUUGCCUGGUGUUGGCAUGAAGUGUUGCCUCAUGAUGGCGGGGGAUAGUGUUGCCUGAUGUUGGCAUGAAGUGUUGCCUCAUGAUGGCGGGGGAUAGUGUUGCCUGGUGUUGGUAUGAAGUGUAGCCUCAUGAUGGCGGGGGAUAGUGUUGCCUGGUGUUGGUAUGAAGUGUUGCCUCAUGAUGGCGGGGAUAGUGUUGCCUGGUGUUGGCAUGAAGUGUAGCCUCAUGAUGGCGGAACAUUGCACCAUUAUCGAGUGAUGGAAGCUGGCUACGAUAACUUGAUCUCAUAGUAGGUAGAGAGUGGGAACCCCGAGAGGGUCCUCUCUCCCGCUGGAAUAACGGAUGAAUCUUAGCAUUCCGGUACCAAAAACUAGUACUAGUGACGAAGGCUCUGCCGGCGGUGCGACGAAUCUCCCGAUCCUGAGCACCCCCCCUCAUGUGUAAACUCUGAACAGGAACUGGGGCAUGAUCUCACACGACACAAUGUUGAAUGUUCAGUCAUUAGACUCUUCACGUGUGCCGGUAUGAGGUACCUGGAGCUUUGCAAUUACUUUAUUGACUCUCGUGUUCUCGAGGAUAUCCUCAUAACGCAUUUAAAAUUUGCCAAUGCAGGCAAACCAUCCUGCGAGAUGGAGAUUUUUAGGUACCACAUGACUAGUUCUUGACACGAACCAUGUAACCCCCCUCACAUAGUCUAGGGUAGCUACAUAAAUGCCAAUGUACAGAAGUAUGCUGAUAAAAAUAUGAAACGAUUCCGCGGGCGGCGGCGCCGCCACUGUGUAACUGGUGUGGGAGGGUGCGUCAGGCCUGCCAACACUACCAGCCGGCCGCGUGUUUAUGGCACCUAAUAUGCAGCCUCCCACACUCUACAUUCUGCCACAACCUCUAAUGGUACCACAGUCAUAGUGACGCCGUCCCGAUAGCCAAACUGAUGGAGAACAAUUACUUGAGCAGACAGUAUGACGUGAUCGCCACUUUUAAUCACCAAUUGGUUCUUGUAACGCGAUAGCCAAUCACAGAUAGGUUCCUAUAUGCAGGCUCCUAUAUCUUGGCUUGGCAACGAAAGAGCCAGUCUCCAUACGGGUUCUCGCGGCGGAAAACCAAAAGGUUGUCUUAAAUCAAUUUUACACUAAAAUUGGAUCAGUGACUUGUGAUUAGCGAGUCGUAUGCUAGGCUAGAACGAGGCUGUGACUAGGUGAUGGACACGAGGCUAGGUUGUGAAACCUUAAGAGGACGGGCAGCCCAUUCUCUUAAGGUUUCUCAACGUAAAAAAACUGUCGUAUAAAGCGCCCUCUCCUAACCUACCAGAGGACCCACAACUGAACACGGGCCAGUAUGUCAAAUUUGCAGGCCGCUACCAUUUCCUAGUACGACGGUUUUUUGCCUUAGGCAAAAAUGUGACUCACUAUUAGGAGGAUGGGUGGAGCCCCCCCCCAGGUCCCCCCAUCACUGCGACUGCCUGUGUACUGUGUACUGUUCUCCAUCGUCCUGUGUGGGAAGUUUGAGAUCUGGCACAUGUAGUUUCAUUACCUUUUUUGUAUAGAUAUAAAAUCCUGCUUCCCAUAUAAUAUUAUGUCUGUCAGAAAUUUAUGUUCAUUUAUGAUUUUAUAUAACUUAUUUAACUGCUAUUUGUUUAUCAGUUUGGAUCUUUUUUAUUUUUGUAUAAACGGUUCUGGACAUUUCUUGAAGACUUUAUAUACAAGUUUAUUGUUUCUGAAUGAUGUUAAUUAUUUAGCCUUCAUUCUUCACUGCUGGACAAGACUAUAACAUAUAUCACAAGAACUUACUUAUACCAAUUUAAACACAUUUCUCAAUUUAAUAGACACAAACCCUUCCACACAGCUGCCACACAUACAACCUCAUCCACACAGCCGUCACACACACACACACACAAACUCCUCCACACAAGUUUGUGGAGGUAACAACCACAAACACACUCCCGGACCUAUGGUCACAUGGUUUUGUUUACAAACACACACACGUGGAAUGCACUUUCAAAUUGCAAUAUUUCCUGUAAAUAUUUUUUCCUGAACAACUUCCAAAAUGGGAUUUUUACGAUUGUAGUAUUUUCUUUGCAUGUUUCAGUGUAUUUGUUGUGCUCUCUGUUUAGUGUCUUUGUUCAUAUUUUUAAUUCUGUUGUUCUUGAGGAUUUAUCUUCGUGCUCUUUUUCAACCCGCCCUCUCGCAUUUUG